UGGGAGGGGAUUUCUCAACACGCUGAAUCUCCUAACACAGUCCAGUGAUAAUACAGUACCGGCAACUAAUCACUUUUUUCGCCAAAAAUCAAUUUUUUAUCUUAAUAAAAAUGUAUCUAAUGUAUUAUUUGAACGAAAAAAGGGAGCGCGUUUAUACGUUGAAGAAAGUCGAUCCGAAUGGUAGACCAACUCUGUCGGCCCAUCCUGCUCGAUUUUCACCCGAAGAUAAAUAUUCUAAAGAACGAAUCACCAUCAAGAGGCGUUUCGGACUACUUUUAACGCAACAGCCCAUGCCUACCUACUAGAUGAAUAUUUUAUCAAUGGAAAUAAGUUCAACCAAGUAAAGUGAGCCCUGCUAUCCGCUUGUGAAGACUAACUAAAGAAGACUAAUCUGUUUUUUUCUUAAUUAAGUAUAUAAAGUUGUAAAGGGGCAAAUAACAACAACAAUGGCAUUAUUCAUAUAUAAUCUUCUUAUUAAAUAUCAGACCUUAAUUUUAGUGUCAGCAACUUGACGAGGCUCUGUAUCAAGGAUGGCGAUAAGAUUUACAGAUUUUACGAUACAGCGAGUAUAUACAUAAACUUAUAUACAUAUAGAAGAAUAUAUAACACGAUGUGACAUAUUACCAACAUUUUACACAAGUUACAUUAUACCCAGGCGAAGGAGUGGCAAGCAAAGCCUACUGCCGAUCUAUUCGUAAUAAUUAUCCAUGACUGAUGAAGUCAAUCAAACAGUUUUUCUUUUUAAAUUCUCGGUAAUAUCGUAUUGUUUUUUUAAGCAUCGUUGGCUAAGGAAGAUAUUUAAAUGUAUGAUAUGGUUAAAUAAAAUUACGAAUCCACAGCACGGGGUAAAAUAUUGACUUUUACAAAACAGUGAAGUUACACACCUUGGUUUGGAAUACAUUUUGUCACAGCUUGCGAUUUUAUUUAUGACGAAACGGAAAUUAUCGACACUCACUAUUAUUCAAGAUAUUAUUGUUAACAGUUGGCGGCAUUAUAUGAGUGGAAAAGAAUUUUGGCUCAAGCCGUAAGCUGGUGCAAAACUAUUAUUGUCAGCUCAUCUGACGGCAACUUUUGAAUAUUAUUAUCUAAUUUUUGUCCAUUAAUUUCGACCUCUUUUAGUUACACUGACUUUUAACCAUUCCAAUACUCGAAUCUGUUUAAAAGAGAGCUGACAUUAUUUCUAAUAAGUCUUUGCUCGUAUAAUCCUGAAGUCUGAAGUUCAUAAAUUUAUACCAAAAACUUGAGCAUCAAGAAAAAAUAUGCAGUAAAAUAUCUUGCUCACAGUUUCGCCCUUAUUUAGAAUACUUUCUUAUUCCGCUGUUUUAUUUAUCACAAGCUAUAACUUCCUAAUCAUCCUAAGAUUAUUAUCCAGUUUUAUUAUUACAACUGCU